AUGAGUAAAAUACUCAGUAGACGUAUCAUCUGCUUAAACGUCUUAGCUUUAAUGCUACUGCAGAGGAAUCUUUUUUGUUUAAAACUGAAGAAUAAGAAGAAUUUAAUAAACAGGUUUGUAAUUGCAAAGGGGAUGGGAAAGUAUAAUUUUAUUUAUUCAUCAUCAGUGGUAAGUAAAAAAAGAAACAACCACUUGUACGAUUUUGAAAGAAGUGUAGAUAAGGUAACAGGUCAUUUUAUGAAGGAUAAAGAAUUAUUUUUAGAGGUUGAUAAAAAACAAAAAAUUAUAGAAGAAAUUGAAAAAAUGAAAAUUCUUGAAUAUGAUCAUGUUAAGAAUUAUUUAGAUACACUUAGCGAAAAUGAUGUAUAUGAAGAAGUAAUUAAUCAUAAAAUUUACCUGUACAGAAAAAAUAAUGAAAAAGAGAAACAAAAUAAUUUAAUUAAAGUACAGAAUUUUUUAAAUCCAUAUAUUAUAGGUUUACGAAAAAAAAAAGCAAAAGAAAAAGUAGAAUACCUCAUAGCUAGCAUGUUAAAAGGUGAUAAUAUAGACCAAAUAAUAACAGAUAUGUUUAAUAAAAGAUUAAUUGAUGUAUACCUUUUAACAUUCAUUGAUGAUAAAAUAAUGGAAGCACAUACAAAACUUGUCAAAAAUGAUAAAAUCAAUUUUAAUACUAAUAAUUAUAAUAAAGAAGAGGAAGAUAUUAGCAUAUCAGAAAAAAUCCUUAGAACGUUAAAAGACAGAAUUAUAGCACAACAAAAAUUAAAUAAAAAGGGUACUUAUGAUUUUACGCGAAUAUUAUUUUUAUCAACUACUUUAGAUAUAGAAGAAGAUAGAGCACCAAUAAUUAAGUCUAUCAUUAGAAGUAUUGAGCAAUUGGAAGAAUUUGAAUUAUACUUGUUGGAUGCAUUAGAAUACGCGGAAGAAAAUGAAAAAAUGAAAAAGUAUGUACCGCAUUUGGAUCUUUUAUUGAAUACAUGUAAAAAAAUAAAUCCCAUAUACAGCCAGCUCUUAAACAAGCAGAGCGAAAAUGUUCGCUUUUUCCCCGAUAAUGUUGACCUAUCACAGUUAAAAGAUCUCUAA